GCGUAUAUUACAUUGGUGGAUGUGCAGGUGAAUGAACCGGUGAUGGUGUGGCUGAUCUGGUUAGGUCCUGUGAUGGGGUUGCUGGUGUAGAUAUGUGGGCAGAGUUGGCAUCGAGGUUUGUUGCAUGGAAAUCCAUCAACCUCAUGAAGAAACUUGCACAAAUACAGACAGAUAUCAUCUUCCUUUCCAAAUGCAAACGGAUGGACAUCAUACCAAAUGGACUAAAGAUAAAAAAUCCACUGCUAUCUACAUACUACACAGACCACAGUGAGAGAUUAUGCCAUAUUCUGUCAAAGAAACUGAGGGACCACCUGAUCAGCAUCCUAUACAGCAAACAGGAAAACAUCAAAAAAGAGCUCUCCAACGUGGAAACUCUUAUUAAUAACCAAACUUCCAUACAAAUGGACUUCACUAAAAUAAGACAGGAGAUCUACAUUACUCACUUCACCUCUCUACAAAGGAAAAAGGACUGUAAGCUUUCUAAACUCCUACCUGCCACAUGGGGCCACAACCGUGGUACCCCUGACCCACCCAGCAAUAUCGUCAAUCUAUCCAACUACACACUCAACCCAGAAGAAAAGUCUGUCAUAUCUCGGGGACUCUCUUUCUGCCCUGCCACCUCCACCAACAUGAUACAGUUCUGCGGCGAUCUGGAAGCCUACUUUUGCCGUCUCCAACUCAAAGAAUACUUUCAGGACAGCACUGAACAGCGCACUGAUACACGGGUACCCUCCCACCAACAGCACAAGACAAAGAACUCCACAUGGACUCCUCCUGAGGGUCGAAAUGACAGUCUGAAUCUAUACAUUGAAUGCUUCCGCCGACGUGCACAGGCAGAAAUUGUGGAAAAACAACAUCACUUGCCUCAUAACCUAAGUCAUGCAGAAUGCAAUGCCAUCCACAGCCUCAGAAACCACUCUGACAUUAUCAUCAAAGAGGCUGAUAAAGGGUUGUCAUCAUGAACAGGUCUGACUACCAAAAGGAGGCCGCCAGACAACUCUCCAAUACCAAAUUCUACAGGACACUUCCCUCAGAUCCCACUGAGGAAUACACUAAGAAACUGCACCAUCUACUCAGGACACUCCCUACACUAACACCGGAACAAAUCAACAUACCCUUAGAGCCCCAACCAGGGUUAUUCUAUCUACUACCCAAGAUCCACAAACCCGGAAAUCCUGGACGCCCCAUCAUCUCGGGCAUUGGCACUCUCACUGAAGGACUGUCUGGAUAUGUGGACUCUAUACUCAGAACGUAUGCCACCAGCACUCCUAGCUAUCUCCAUGACACCACUGAUUUCCUGAGGAAACUACAGUGCAUUGGUGACCUUCCAGAAAACACCAUCCUAGCCACCAUGGAUGUAGAGGCUCUCUACACAAACAUCCCACACACAGAUGGAAUAGAAGCUGUCAGGAACAGUAUCCCUGAUGAUGCCACCGCACAACUGGCUGCUGAGCUCUGUGCCUUUAUCCUCACACACAACUAUUUCAAAUUUGAUGACAAUAUGUAUCUCCAGAUCAGUGGCACUGCUAUGGGCACCCGCAUGGCCCCACAAUAUGCCAAUAUUUUUAUGGCCGACCUGGAACAACGCUUCCUCAGCUCUCGUCCACUCAUGCCCCUUCUCUACCUACGCUACAUUGAUGACAUCUUCAUCAUCUGGACCCAUGGGAAGGAGACUCUGGAAAAAUUCCACCACGAUUUCAACAGCUUCCACCCCACCAUCAACCUCAGCCUGGACCAAUCUACACGAGAGGUGUGAAAACCAAGGGAGGAGAAACUGGUUUUGUAGUUGGCAAGCCAUUCACAGUCUUUGUUUAAUCCUGAGCUGAUGGUGUCAAAUUUGCAGAUGAACUGAAGCUCAGCAGUUUCUCUUUGAAGUCUGGUCCUGAAGUUUUUUUGCUGCAGG